UUUACAAAAUGUCAUGCUACUGCUACUCAUAUACUACUCAUGCUGAUGACAAUGACAGACGGGAAGGCCAAAGAGCAUAUAAUCACUACGUUCUAGGGAAGGCCUUUUCCGACCACUACUACUGUAGGAGUGAUAGAAAAUUGAUACAUAAUGGAUGAAUAUUCACGAGAACCAUGCCCAUGGCGUAUUUUGGACGACUCCGGUGGCGCAUUCAUCAUGGGUGCCAUCGGUGGAGGAAUAUUUCACUCAAUAAAAGGAUUUAGAAAUGCACCAGUUGGAUUUAGCCGAAAGAUGCUUGGCAGCUUAGCCGCAGUCAAGGAGCGGUCCCCGAUAGUAGCUGGCAACUUUGCAGUAUGGGGUGGCAUGUUUUCCACAAUAGACUGCUCUCUUGUAUACAUGCGGCAGAAAGAGGACCCCUGGAACUCUAUCAUGAGUGGUGCAUUAACCGGUGGAAUACUGGCUGCAAGAAAUGGUGUACCAGCAAUGGCGGGCAGUGCACUAGUGGGUGGGAUCCUGCUUGCCCUCAUAGAAGGCAUUGGCAUCAUGUUCACACGUCUCUCAGCAGAACAGUUCAAGCCUCAACAACCAAUAUUUGAAGACCCCUCAGUCCUGAGCCAGAGUCAGGGACAAGGGCAGUCCUUCCAAUAAACCUCGACUUGACAUUUCUUAUUGGUUAGUUUCCAACCUCACAAGGCGAGGUUUAGUCCUUGUGUUCAGCAGUGAAUGUACCUUUAAUUUAACUGUACAGUUUCAAUACAAAUUCAACCAGUAUUCAUUACAAAAGCAAAUUUUGAUCUUUGAUAAAAAUAAAUAAACAAUUUAUUCAUUUUAGUUUAUUUACAAAUUUGUAUAUACAACUAUUUUAACUGUACAGUUAAUUUUGUUUUGCUAGUAAAUAGCAAAGUUUAUUUUUUACUUUAAAACAAAAAUAGAGGUUUUAAUUUAUAAUGUGAACAGGAAGCAUCUGUGAUAUUUGCAGUCCAGUAGGUAAUGAUUGAUAUGUUUGCACCGCAGUGAGACACUUGUGUUAAUGGUAAAGUUGAACUUUUGAUUGUUCUGUACAUUUUUAACUCCUAGAAUUAAAUAAAUCUUGGGCCUCUAAGCAGUUUUCUCGUGCAUUAAGAUAAAUACUAUACUUUUAUUAGUUUCUCAAAUCUAUCAGGACACUUGAUUCCAAACUGUUUCUUUUGGUAUACCUAUAUGUCUUUAGAGCUCCACAUAUAACUGUUUGUGGAGUUCUUAUGAGAUUAAUGAGAUCAUGUUAGUCUUACAAAUCAGUUAAAUGUUUUUUGCUUAAAUUGCAUGUUUAUGUUAGAGAAACAGUGGGACCUCAUAUUUUACCAGUAAAAUUUAUGUUUUCAUUUUUUAUUAGUAUUUUAUAGCAUGAUGUCAUUGUCACUUUCAAUAUCUUAUUUGUUUCCCAUAUAUUUGAUUGUGACCUCAUUUUAGAUGUACCUGCCAUUAUGUGGAUAGAAGAAUCUUUCACCAGUAUCAUGAAGAUAUAUUUGUUCCUUUCUUCAGGCUGGUACUUGCCAUUCACAUAGGUAAAUUGAAUAUUGGCAAUAUGCUAUGAAAUAUGAAAUAUUUACCUAUUCCUUGCAAUCUUGUUUGAUUAUUAAUAUGAUUUAGAAAUUAAAUAAAUUAGUUUAUAAAAA